GGGCCCUCAGGAGGAGGGGAGCGAGGAGGCGGGCCUGCAGGCCGGGAGGGCGGCCGUUUCGGGGCAGUUGUUACACAUCCAUGCUCUCAUCUCCCUUCCCCGGCAGCCCUGGCCUGCCCGCCAGUAACCCGGGGCUGGCGCUUCUGAAGCGCUGGUGUGAGGCACAGUAGGGGCCUGCGAGGCCGGAUCGGGCCGCCUCGUCCCCUCUCUGGUGGCUACAGGUGCCUGCGGGAGCGCGGAAGGGGCAUCUGGCACGCUUAGGUGUCACGGUUAACGGGGGAUGGACAGCUCGCAGCCCAGGUUGUUUGCAACCUCUGGAAGGAAAUGACAUUAUUUUAGAGGCGUUUACAGUGUUUCAGCACUGAGUGGAAGCGUAUUCGUUAUUGAGAGAUGAGCCUACAGAGUCACGGCAGGUACAAGUAGUCUAAUGUAUGCUUACUUUCUUAAAUGAUUCAGCCAUUGCAUUGUGAGGAGAUCGAGAACCUUCAGACUCACACCCAAAAGUCAUGGACUGUAGUUUUGUUAUGCUUUAUCUGAUUCAUUUUUUAAAUGAAAAUACGGGGUUUUUUAUUGUUUUCUCUCAGUUGCUACUCAUGCGGUUAGCAUUUAAUGACAUAGAUAACAGGGAAAGACUAAGAUGGGGACUAGGUAAUAGCUUUCUCUAGUCAUGCCUCUUUGCUAAUGUCUCUGAAUAAUUGUGUGUCAUCGUAAGCCAUUUGUGUUAGUAAAAAAAAAAGCAAUAUCAACAAUGUUAGUCCACUCAAAUCAAUGCUUUCUACAAUUUUGUGCUAAUUAUCCCACCUUGUAGAAAUAUACAUAUUUUAUAAGUCUGAUUUAGGAUAUUCUGGAGGCAUUUGCAACAGCUUAAAUGUGACUUGCUUGGUUUAUGAUGGUCCCUAAACCUUACAGGCUUCAGGUGCCAUCUGAGUUUUCAUCUCCAGUUCUUCGUUUCCUUUUCUGUCAGGUCUCCUGUCAUUCUGUUUGCAGCUCCACGUGACUUUGAUUUUGAUUUUAAAGCCUAAGUGGUCAUGAAAAUAAUGUAUAACAAAGUAUUCAUUUGGUUUUCUUUCUGUAUAGUGUUCCUUUCUGUCUUCAGUCUUAUCUAUAAGGAUUUUAGAACUGUUUCCUAUUGUUUAUGCAGGAGUCUGGCACUGUCAGGCAUUACCUUAAUGGAAUUUUAGACUUUAUCAUUAAUAAAUAAAUAAUACAAGUGAGGGAUGGAGUUUGUCACUUCUUGUGUAUGAAUGUGAUUGCUUUUCAUUACGCUUCAGCUUUGAGCUUUUCACUGUGCUGUCUUACUGUGUCUGAAACAACUCUGGUCAUUGCCUUGACGUUUCCCCCCUCUGAAGUAAAUUUCUUCAAAGUAAGCCCCCUCACAUUUAAUUUCCUUUUAAUGACUUCUAUUAAUGAACUGUUGACAUGUGUGAGUGAGACAUAUCUUUUAUAAGAUGUUUUUGUAAAGUGUUCUGCAAAUUAAUGGUAUAAUAUACAUGUAUUAUGGUAGGAUCAGGGAAAGCACCACUAGUAUCGUGUGGUGAAGGUAAAAUCUCAUAGUGGGUGUCCUAGAGGAGUUCUAAAUCUCUUCUGCCUUAACAGCCUUGCUGUAUUGUAUGCAUUUGUGCAUGAGAGAGCUUUUCAUUUACCAUGUAGGAUGAUAAUUCAAGUAGAUCUUGAACACAGAAGUAAAUGUAUUGAGAUAAUUUUACUUCAUUAGGUAUUCAUUGAGGAGGAAAUAAAACUCAAAGAUAGGAACAAUAGCUAUAUAAAAUAUUCAGAGUGAUUUCUGAAGAAAUUUUACAAGGCUUCGGGUCAUAAAUUUCUACCUCAAAUAGAAUUCCAGAUAGAUUUUGCAAAUGAAGAAGACAUUUAUUGUCUAUACAGUAUCAGAUAUAUUCUUGACAUCUAAAAUGUGGAAUACGGGAAGGAUGGGGGAAGGGUUCCUAGUUCUAUCAGGUGACAGGUGUGGAACAUACUGUCAUGUUUUGUAGUAGUCAGGUCAGCCAUUGCUGAAUGUGUCUUUAAAAGUACCACACUGGAAUGAAUUGUAGAUCACUCCCCGCAGGCAACUUCUUACUCUCUAAUUUUAGAUUCUCUUCUGAAGGAAAUAAUUCCUGAUGGUGGAAGAAGUGAGGAGUGUGUGUACCAUAUCUUGGUGUACCCCUAAUCCUUUGUACCUUUGGAAAGCCGUUUUGUCAAUGCAUACUUCAGUUGCAGUUAAAAAAUCAAAUUGUAAAAAAGAAGGUGUAAUUAUCAAUGUUUGAUAGUGUUUUUAAAAAUUGCGAAGAUUAUAAACUAAAAAAAAGUCUUAUAUACUGAAUUUUGUAGUUUCAUUGUUUUCUAAUAUUCUGCUAAAAAGCAAUAAUAAUUUAAAAUACUUGGUCUGAUGAUAAGUGCAAGUGUAAUGGAUUCAUAGAUGGGAAGAUCUUUAAAGUUUCUUACCAGUUCAGCUGUUUUCUUACCAUACUGAGCAGUUUUCUUCCGUUGUUAAGGAAGAGGAAAUGUAACAUCUAAAUAAAAGCCAACUGUGGACAGAUAGCUUCAGGAAUCUACCUGGAAGUCUACCUGGAUGAUUAUGCCAGACUUAAAGAAAGGGAUCCAAAAAGCAUGCAAAAAGAAAAUUCCUAUAAACAACAAAAUUCCCACUACUAACUUCGCAGUACAUCAAGGUAACUUAGAAGAGAAAUGCCUAAUGGUGCUUCUGUUUCUCUUAUUGGAUAAAAAUAACUUGGAAGCUGAUUUGCAUUGACCAUGAAUAAUCAGUGAAGACAUACAGCAUUUUCUGGAAUAUUGAAUGUUCGUAAUGAAGAUCUGUCUUCUGCAGCAGUUGUAUAAGGACGUACUGGCUGGUGUUCCACUAGCAAAGGAAAGCCAUCACUAUACCUCUUUACUUAAUCUGUGUGUGGAGCAGUCACUAGAAGGAGAUGAAUCGUGUAAUCGGAUGCAUCUGCCAUCUACUAAUGGUGGUAUUAGGAUCCAUCAGGACACUGAUAUGUCAGAUGCAGUUGUUCCUACAACAGAUGAUACAUCAAAUAGCUUUGCAAACAUGAGCUCCUCAUUCUGUCCACGAGAAGUGAUGCUCCUUCAGUUGACCUUGAUCAAGAUGAUGGUUGCUAAAGCAGAGUCCCAGGAAAUUGAAUUCAAUACAAGACAGAAGUACUGUGAAAUCUUUGUCCUUCUGAAUGAGUCAAAAAUUGACUCAAAAUUGAUUUGUCUGCUCGAUAGUUCUGAUCAGCUGUUAUCUCACAUGGCUUCAGAAAGUUUAGCCUCUCUUGUGUAUUUCCAGCUGAAGGAAGAGAAUAUGGUCAAUGUCACCUGGCUCACCUUUAGUUUGAAGACUCUUUCAGGAUUCCCUGUGAAUACGCAGCUGGCGGAAUGUCUGUGGACUCUUACAGCUAUUAUCAAGGACAUACUGAAAGAUGAAGUUUUAUCCGGUGCAGGUAUUUUGAAGAAGUUGUUGGCUCCUCUUGAUGCUGUGCUUGAAGGAUUUUAUGACUCCAUUCUGUUCCAUCAUUUUGACAGUCAUCACUAUACUUCACCUUAUUCUAAAGCUGCAAACAAUUUGAUCAGUUUUAUAGAUCUGCUUGAAGCACUUUUGGCUUCUAGAAUUCAAUUAGAACUACUGCUCAGAUGCCAGAGAGUGUUGUUUUUGAAAGUUUCUUAUGUCCUGAACCUCAUCAGCUCAUCGGUUCACUACUUAAUCAAGAAGAAGUUAAUUAUGCUCCUUAAAAAAUGUGUCCUUUCUGACUCUAGAGAAGAUGCUGUAAGUAGAUCACUGUUUUUAGAAAACCCAUCUUUAUGUGAGGAUAUGCUUGCACUGAGUACUGCUGUUCUGCAGACUGUGAAUUUGACUUGGCUUAAUCAAGUCCCACUCCGUGAAAAGGCCAACUACUUUGGAGGCAGUGAAGCUGUUCCUGGAGAUGAUAACCAAGGUGGUUAUGACCAGACUGUUCUUAGAGCCUUAAGUCUGGUUGUGCUUAAAGCACUGGAAUUCAAGUUUCAGAACUCUGCUACAGAAGCUGAAAUCAAAGGAGACUUCCAUAGUUUCAUGUCCCAGCUGUUGAUAUUCUGGAGGAGUCAUGUGAAGUCUUCUGCACAGUCUCACCCAUUUGUACAUCACUGUGAAUGGCUCUCCUUGAUUUUCAUAGAGCAAGAUGAUGAUAUGUGGGAAGCUGCUAAAGCUUUAUUACUUAUUUAUUUAAAAAUUGAUAGAUUACGGCACGAUGCUGCUGCUAACUUAAGCCAAAAAGAGGAGGAAACCUGGAACUUCCUUAUACAUGCAAGUGGAUGUAAUCCUCACUGUAUCUUUUUAUCUUUUCUGGAAAAAAUUGCAUUUGAUUCCACAGUACUACUAGAUUUUUUGAUUUCAUCAGAAACUUGCUUUCUGGAGUACUUGGUAAGAUACUUAAAGCUUCUUAGAAAAGACUGGCAUCAGUUUGUAGAUGUCUGUAACCAUUUUGACAGCAAACACAGAACUGUUCAAUCAAUUUUUUCUGUCAGGCCACCCCAUGAAGAAAAACAAAGCUGUGUGACUGAUGAGAGUUUGCAAAAUCCUUGUUGUGGACCAGAACCACAGACUCUGCUAUCUUUGGCUUCUUCUCACAAUUACUUGGUGUUUACAACAGAGCAAAGUGAUAAUGAAAUUGCAGAGUCUAAGCAGUCUAACUCAUUGAUAUGCACUGAUAGUACAUCUCUGCUGGGUUCUCUUCAAAGUCUUGUUAAUUAUGACAGCUCAGAAGACUCUGCAUUAGAAUCAGAUGGAAAAGAGUGCUUGGUAAACACAAAGCAGGUGCCUUCAAAUAAUGAGGGUGAGACAAGGAUAAGGGAAACUGGUUGUAGCUACACAGAUGAUAAAUGGAAUACACUGGAGCCUGAAGUGUUGCCUCUGAAACAAAAGGAUUCUAAUACCUCAUCCUGUCUGACUUGUAUGGCGUCUUCAGAUAACAUCAUUUCCCAAAGAAUAAUGCUUUACAAAUCAACAAAAUGUUUGGAAGAACUGCAAAAAGCUAUUUCCAAGUUGCAGAGAAGAGAUCUUUUCCCGUAUAAUCCAUCUGCAUUGUUGAAACUACUUAGCCACAUUGAGAAGAUCAGUAAUAACAUGAAUCCGUAAUAAUCCAAAGAAGUGUUCUAGUGAUUGAUUUUUUUAUUUUAUUUUUUUUAACUAGCAUACUAGGGAAUAUUUCUUUGAGAUUAAUGACUUCUAAAGCUCAUGCCUGUUGCACCUCUCAGUGUAUUUAACCUCGAACAGGAUAAGCAUGGUUUUGGUUGACACCUUAAAAAUCUGCAAUUGUAUUCAGUGAAACAAUGCAUUACCUUAGGCUCCUAGACUUAUUCAUGGUAUGUAUGUCAGUGUACAGUAUAUAAGGAUUAAUUGUUAGGUAUUCAAAAUUUGAUAAUAAAUUACUAAUGUGGAAGCUUAUCAACAAUACUUAAAAGUAUCAUCAAUUCUACUUACUGUCAUUCUAUAUAUGAAGUCAUUGCCGGAUUGGUAGUGGUUUAUGGACGACAUUGCAGUGUUAGUGCAACACUUGACUGCUUAGAGGUUGAACUAAAUAAAAUACUUUAGUCGGAGUUUUAGCACAUCUGAAUGUCCACGUAGAGGAAAGCACUAAUGCAGGACACAGUACUAUCACAAACACAAUAAGCCAUGCCACACUUUUCUUGGCUGCUUAACUAAUGCCUAGGAUGUAGGUUUUUCAGCUUUUACUGUUUGCCUGACUUAAACAGCAGUGUUAUUUCACUGAAAAUUUAAUUUACUUUUUCAUAGUAUUUUAUGGUCUAUUCCUUUUAAUUAAAAGGAAAGGGAGAUGUGGGACUGGUACAUAUAUUGCCUAUUUAUAUAACAUUUUAGUGAAGCAUUAUAUCUAGAAUCAAGCUUAGGUAAUACAGAAGUGAAAUUACAACAGUUCUUCACAUCCAUUACAUAUUUUAUAUUAAUACAUGUGUUAAAUCAGAAACAGAUAACUAGAAAUUAAGUGUCUGCAGCAAGGUGGAUAUUUAAUUUCUUAUACUUAAAUGUUUUAUUUGAUUAACCUAAAAGGUAAGUGUGUAAGACUGCUUGGGGAGAGUUAGUUUAGAACAGGAUCCAAACCAGUGUGUGCACUUAGCAGGAAGCCAUCUAAAGCUGGUACGCGUAAUGUGCAGCUUGUAACGAUUGUACAAGGGUUAGGUGAUGGGGAAGUACUGAUGAUGGGGAUUGCUGUAAAAAUAUCAGACCUCAUCAGAUCUGUGAGAAGCAGUUUUCUUUUUAGGAUUCUCUUGAUGGUAAGUGCUCUAUUCUGAGAACCAAGUAAGCUCUGUCUUCCUUUUAAAUAGCUAUUUAAUGUUAAUUAAUACAGUUGCUGAGUUAAGACCAACAGUCUCUGGAGGAGGUGACUCUGACCCCCAGAUCUCUGUGGCCAUCUUCUAGAUUAGUCUUGAGCUCUGAACUGGUGAAUCAGCACUGUUGGGAGAGGAAGAAAACUAGAUGAAUCAUAUGGGAUAGUUUAGCUGGAAAUUAUAGUGCUUUCCAGAGGUGCUUAAGUAGUAUGAAUGCUGAAGCAGGAAGGUUUGAACCUCAAUUUUAUUCUUUCAGGCUGACAGCUGUAAUCACUUGGCAGUUAUAUAGGAAAGAGUGAUCCCCUUCACUGGCAUGUAGGGGACCUGAAUAAUCUGUGUGUUCAUUGUGCUUUGGUUUCUUCCCAAGAUAACUUUUGUGCUUAGGAGUAGGUAAGAAUGUCAAUGAAUGGAACUUCUACGCAUGCUUAUAGCUCCUCUAGUCAAAAACUAACCUCUGAGUUGUCCAGGGCAGAAGAAUGCCUGGUUUCUCUUUACUGUUUGAACUUCGUUGUGCUCUAGGGGCAGAGUUGCUCAUGCCUCUAGGCAUGUUCAAAGAUACAGCUCCAAACAACUUGAGAACUUUUCAGUUCAAACAAGGGAAGUGCCUUUGGCAAGGCAGUUGAGCAGGAGCUUCUCAAGAUCGCCAUUUUAAACGUAGGUAGGUACUUGCGUUUCAGUGAAAUCCUUUCAGCAAUCCUUACUUCUUUUCUAGUCUAGCCUUUUCUGACUGGUUUAUUAUAACUGAGAAACUUCACUGUUUUCACUGAACAUGGUAUUGUUCAGCAUUUUUUGGUCCAUAAUUUGCCAGCUGGAACUAUCUAAAUUGCAGCAGUAUUUCUCAGACACUGUUAAGAUAAGGAGGGUGGGAAAGGUAGAAUGGGGAGAUAAUUUUGGUUUUGUGAAGUGCUAGUCUUCUUGACUGUCAGUGAUUACUACAACUAUAAAAACUUCUUUGAAGUAAAAGUUUAGCAAUCUUGGUGUGUAGAAUUUAGCAAGAAGUGUAGGAGCCCUAAUUUUUGAUUUUUGAAUACAGCAAAUCCAAUUACAAUCCAACUGUAUUUAAUUCUUACAGGCAUGAAGUUGAUUGUGUGCCCGGCUGGUUAUUAGUAGUGAUCAUUCCCACAUGUUUCACUUCUCAGAAAGCCAUUGUUUUAAUUCUCAGAAUGUUUUAGUGGUAAAAAUGGGUAAAUGUGGUUUGUAUCUGGCAACAAGAUACCUUAAUGUGUUGAUAUUUUACCAUUUAUGAACUGUAGGACCUGAGAUAGAGUAAAACUGAUAGAAGUCAACUUUUUUUUUUAUCGCACACAAAAUGAGUGUGAGUGAUGAAAUGAGUAGCUAGUAGUACUAUGGCUGUAUUCAAAAAGUCUAGCAAAAAGAAAACACCGUGCAAAAGAAUUUAUAUUUUAAUCCAUUGUGUGUAUAUAAGGUGGGGUGGUUGGGGGUUGUUUGGUUUGGGGGUUUUUAUUGGCUUGAAUUUUUACUAUCUCAAAUUUUUAGGCAGAGCUGUUGUUUCAUUUGCUAGAGCAAAUUAUAUCAGCUGCAGAACCUAUCACCAAUGUUAAAUUAGAACUUUGGAAGUAGAUCUGUUAUUACUAGGAGGUUGAUGUGCCUUAGCUUUGGAUAUUGAUAUCUAACAACUUUUCUUGUAUUGUUUCAAAGCGAGACACAGAACAAAUCAGGUGACCGGUUUGGAGACAGUUUUCUAUCUGAGAUGUCCACAGUCUCCAUUUAUGUCUGUGCAGUUGUUUGGAGGAGUUUACCUUCAACAUCAAUAGAAUAAAUUAUGCUUUAAUGAAGUAAGCAGUUACCACUAGAAUUUGCUUACAGGAUGUGCUUUUUAUAAAGAAUGUUUUUAAACUUGAGUAUUUGUGGAGCUUGAUUGCAAUUACAGCUGAAUCCAGGUGGUUCCAUGCUUGUGGUUCUUCAAACUGGAUUUUCUACAAUAUUUUUAUGACUGCUUUCCAUUCUAGUUUUAAGACUUGUAAUGUGAGUUUUAAUCCUGUAAUACAAGAAUAAAAACCAACCUUGAGGAUUUUUGUAUUUAAAAUACUCGUAUAAAGCUGGGAAUAAGGAGCCUUGGUUGUUCCCUGGUUUAUCAUUGCAGGAUAGGCAUUGUUUGUACUUCUUCCAGUCAAUCUGAGAUGGUGUCUGAAGUCAGUAUCAAGUAUUAUCACAGCCUCUCACAGUCAGAAGGAGUGAAAAUGCUGCGGUCAUUAUAAUUUUACUUCUGUGUGUUUUUCUCUUAGAGUUGUCUAAAUGAGUUUGUAAAUUAUUGUUGUUUUUUGUACAACACUCUUAAGCUACCUGGUUCACUCUGAAAUCUUGUUAGAAGCCAAUUGUACAAGUCUGAGUGGAUGAUCGAUGAUAGACAGACUUUUUUACUAUCACAGGCAGGCAAGGACCUGAACUUGGUUGAGAAAAGUCUCAGGGGUUUAAGCUUUUCCAAGUCAUUGUCUUUUGAAAUGUUGAGCAAAUGAGUUUAUUGCUGGUAACUGUCAGAGACACUUCAAUAGACAGACAAGCUGGCUUGCUGCUGGUUUACAUACAGCAAGGAAGGAAGGAAUACCAUGUAUUUUGUAGUAAAAAGCUUGCGUGGAGAAUUACAAUAUCCUUAGUUAUUUCUGGUUCCUACUUGCCUGGGCUGCAAAACAUGAAUUUUGCAGUCAGCAGUGCCCUUUCGGGGGGAAGAUUUGAAAAAAUUGUGAAAUGUUCAAAAAAGUAGCACACAACCUCAAAAGAAGUUGCACUGCUGAAUGUUGGCCUCCUUAAAAGGUUGUAGGGAAGGUUUGUAUUACAUAUCCUGAAACUACGUUUGGAGUUCUAGCUGCUAAUUGUAGUUGUCACAGGAUCUGCCCCGUCUGAUCCUGCUGCUAGUGUUGAAACCUGAAGGAUUUUCUGUGGAGCUUCUAAGAGUUUCCAAAUGUCCAUAGCUACUUUGAAGGAGGUAAUAGUUAAGUAGAAAACAACGGAUAAGAUUUUGGAGCCUGUUUUGCAAAACAGCAUGUAUUGUUUAUGUAAAAGGAUUUGUUGUCAAAUUUCAAAAUCCUGUGUGCUUAUUUCUACAGUCAUUAUGUUCAUCUUUUGCUUGCUAGCUUUAUCUUCAAAUGUAACCUUCUAGAGUUUGUCAGCUCUUAGAGUAAUUUUGUUACUACAGACUUAUAGCUAUUUCAUGUAGGGAUUUAACUGAAACAUAAAUAAAUGCUUUGUGGAAACCUA